AUGGCGGACUACCACUUUGGCGGUUCCGAGGAGGAGAAUGCCGAGCUGAGGAAGCUCGAGGUCGAGCUGGUGGAUGACCCAGAUAACUUUGAGACAUGGGAGAAACUCGUGCGCGCCGCUGAGUCUCUGGAGGGCGGCAUCAAUCGCAACUCCAACCCCCAAGCCAUCACCACCGUGCGCAAUUCCUUCGAUCGGUUUUUGGCCAAGUUCCCUUUGCUAUUUGGAUACUGGAAGAAAUAUGCCGACUUGGAGUUCUCUAUUACGGGCACCGAAGCCGCAGAGAUGGUCUACGAAAGAGGUGUCGCCAGCAUUUCCCCAUCCGUUGACCUCUGGACCAACUACUGCUCCUUCAAGGCGGAGACCUCACACGAUGCCGACAUUAUUCGAGAACUUUUUGAGCGAGGUGCGAAUAGUGUCGGGCUUGACUUCCUCGCGCAUCCCUUUUGGGAUAAGUAUAUCGAGUUCGAGGAACGCCUGGAGGCCCAGGACAAGAUCUUUGCAAUCCUGGGUCGAGUCAUCCAUAUCCCAAUGCACCAGUAUGCGCGGUAUUUUGAACGUUAUCGCCAACUCGCCCAAACUCGGCCCUUGGCCGAGCUGGCACCCGCCGAAACCAUGUCACAAUUCCGUUCAGAAAUCGAGGCUGCGUCGUCACAAGUGCCUCCCGGUGCGAAGGCUGAAGCUGAAGUCGAUCGUGAUCUUCGGCUGCGCCUUGACAAUUACCAUCUGGAAGUGUUCUCCAAGACCCAAGCCGAGACGACCAAGCGCUGGACAUAUGAGUCUGAAAUCAAACGGCCUUAUUUCCAUGUGACAGAGCUGGACGAGGGUCAACUGGCGAACUGGAACAAGUACCUUGACUUUGAGGAAACCGAGGGCUCGUAUCUUCGUACUCAGUUCUUAUAUGAACGAUGUCUUGUGACCUGCGCGCACUAUGAUGAAUUCUGGAUGCGGUAUGCCCGGUGGAUGGCUGGCCAGGCCGACAAGGAAGAAGAAGUUCGGAUCAUCUACCAGCGUGGCAGCUGUCUCUUUGUGCCAAUUGCCAACCCCACCAUUCGACUACACUAUGCUUACUUCGAGGAGAUGUCGGGCCGAGUUGAUGUGGCCAAGGAUAUUCACAGCGCUAUCCUCAUGACUCUUCCCAAUCAUGUGGAGACGAUCACUUCGCUGGCGAACAUGUCCCGGCGUCAUGGCGGCCUUGAUGCAGCCAUCGAGGUCUACAAGAGCCAGUUGGACUCACCAGAAUGUAAUAUGUCGACGAAGGCAGCCCUCGUUGCCGAAUGGGCCCGACUCUUGUGGAAGAUCAAGGGCUCGCCGGAAGAUGCCCGGCAAGUCUUCCAGGGUAAUCAGCAAUACUACCUCGACAGUCAUCCGUUUUGGGCCAGCUAUCUCAUGUUCGAGAUUGAGCAGCCCACGAGCGAAGCAAGCGAGUCGGUUCAAUAUGAACGCAUCAAGCAGGUCGUCACUGACAUACGGUCUAAGAGCACCCUCGCAGUUGACGUUGUGAAGGCACUGGUGCAGAUCUACAUGGCCUACCUCCUUGAACGAGGAACGAAGGACACGGCCAAGGAAUACAUGAAACUGGACCGCGAAGUACAUGGUCCUAUUUCCGUGUCCCUUGCUCGGACUGGUGGUUUUGUUGCGGCGCCCACCGCACCUCUUGAUGGCCAACCAGUUGUGGCCCCUCCCGCGCCGCCUGUGCCUGACGCGGCUGCUGCCGAGGCAUAUGCCUACUAUCAGCAGAAUCCGGUGAACGGUGGCCCUGUUGUUUGA